CUUUUAUGAAAGACCCCCUGGCGUGUGAAAUGUGCAUAAACGCAGUGCGCCGGAAAAACGCGGUCUACUUCAACAAAACCGGGUUCAGGUAGAACAUUGUGACAGCGGAUUUGAAAAAAGCUAGUGGAUUUGAUAAAACGCGGGCGUAAUAGCUGAAAAGUGAGACUAAAACGCGUUUUUCUUGUCAAUAGUGAAUAGGGUAACUACAGAAUUGUGGCCGGCCAAUAAUUCACACAAGGUCAUCCACUGAAUUUUUGCACCAAAAAAACCAUGCUGUCUGCGACCAGAGCUUCCAAAACGCUGACUCGGCGUUUCUUCCGAAAAAAUGGAUUUCAGAGUUAUUCUUCGAGGCGCAGAUGGCGUUCAAAGUGGAUGCCGCGGUGAAUACCGAGUGUAAAAAGGAUUUCGAUUUGUUUAACUUACAUUUAAAGAAUCAGUCUACGUGGGCAGUUAAGAUGAUGGAAUCGUCAGAAUGGCCAUUAGUUGGAAUUCUUUCCGGUAAGGUCGAUCAUAUGGGAAAUUACGACGAAUGUUUGGCAAUUUCGUCGUAUGGCAUCGGUGGACGAUAUUGCUUAGCCAAAGUAGAGUACCAUUAUUCGGAUACAGCUGCUCGAAGUGAAUUAGUACAAGAACCUGAUAAAAGAAAUUCUGUGUGGAAUACAGUAAACAUAUAUGAAAAAAAUCCUGGCCGAGUCAACAGGAAAAGCUUACAAUUCGCUUUGUGUUUGCCAUCAUCAUGCACCCCAGCUGAUUUGAACAUGUCCCUAAAUGGCGUAUUGCUUCCAAUAUUCAAAAAUAAUGGACUCGAUUUGACGGUUGAUGUGGAUCCUGUAUUUUGUAGAACACAGAAUGAUUCCGUUUAUUCACCAGGAUACUAUAUCGUCAAGUGGUUAUUUCUAAUAUUUUUCUCAUUCGUGAUUUGCUGCACAUUAUGUGAUGCUGCGGUUUCUGGUGUAACUGAAGUGAAAUAUAGCGAUGAACAGGAAAGACAUUUCUUCGAAGAUGUGCUCAGAAUUUUUUCCUUGCGUAGAAACUUUAGAAAAUUAACGCAAUGUACUUCUAAAGAUGAUACGGCAACACAUUUUACGAAAGUCCUGAAUAUGAUGUGUAUUCUUUACGGUCAUCGCAUUUUUUAUACUUUCAGUUUCCCUGCAUUCGAGUCUACUGUAAAAGAACAAUUUUACAAUGGCAUUGAACUACUUUUAACACACGGCAACGCCGUUGUGGAUCCUUUUUUCUUCUGCAGCGGUUUAUUGACGUUUCGUUCAGAGUUUCAACCAAUGAAGAAAGGUGGAAAGUAUUUCUUGUUUUCUAAUAUCCUGUUGAGAUGGAUAAGAAUGGUCCCAGUAUUUGCUAUUUUGAUGUUAUACAUUAUAUAUAUACUUCCAUACUCGGGAGACGGUCCACUAUGGAAUUAUAAAGUGAUGAGCGAAGUUAACAAAUGUAUGGAAAGCUGGUGGGCCAGUUUAUUUGCCAUCAACAACGUUGUCAAAAUCAAUCAGCAAUGUUUAAUUGCAAGUUGGUACAUAUCAGUUGAUAUUCAAUUGGCUAUAAUUGGAGGAAUUUUAUUGUACAUUUUUUCAAGAAAUGCAAAACUUGGAAUUCUCGCAGUCGCCGUGUUAUUUAUCACUUCCAUUGCUAUGACAUUUAUUUACGCUUAUGUGAACCAGUUUCAUGGACUUCUGAGAUACUAUUUAAAUACGUUGCAAGAUCUAAGAGCUGACAAUGAAUUCCUUUUGUACAGUGCAACGUUUCCGAGAUGUGGACCCUAUUUAAUGGGAUUCAUGGCUGCAUACGCAGUCCAAUUACUGAAUGAGAACAAAAUCAAAUUUACCAACAAUCAAAUACAUGUAUUUUCAUUGCUGGCUUUUUUAAUUGUUGAAGCAAGUUCAUCUUACGGGUACUCGUAUUAUGUAAUCAAUAGACCGUAUUAUAGAUUUGAAAACGCCUUGCAUGCAGCUUUAAAUCAUGUGAUUUUCAUGGGGUUAUAUGUGGUGUUGACUUGUUUCUACUUCACAUCAGGAUUAGGAAUUUUUACUAAAAUGCUCGAGUGGAAAAUAUGGAUUCCCUUCGGUCGUCUGACCUAUUCGGUUUUCUUGAUAAACACAGUGAUCCUUUUGUACCAUGUUUCGUCUCAAAGACAGCCCUUUAGUUUGCCUAACAGAAUGAAUUUGGUGUGGUGGUUGCUGGGCGAUAUGAUGUGGUGUUACUUGAUUGGAUUGUUUGUGUAUUUAUUUUUCGAAGCUCCAAUUUUAAAUAUUAGAGUAUUGAUUAAAAAACAACUAUCAAAAAUGUCGAUGAAGUCUAAUCCAGAAAAAUACAUCGCUGAGAUCGAUUUAAAGACACCUGCGAAUCAAUAGCCUGAUCAAUAAUGGAUUCUGGCCACAAAAAAGCAAUCGAAGUCAAAAAUCAUCUUCAACUUUCAAUUGACUUUCCUAGGAUCUCAAAAUAACCUUAUGAAAUAUUUAUUGGUCCUGUUAACAAAAUAGGAACCGAAAAAUAAUCUACCAACAUUGUUUCAAUUAUGUUACUGUUUUUGACUUCUUUUAAGAAUUUUUUUUUUUUUAAAAACCUUUCAGAUUCAUUUUUAAGUCAAAAUGAACUUUUCCAAAAAGUGCAUUCAAUAAAAUCACCCCAUCGUCCGAUGAACUUUAGAAGCAUACUUUAUUAUAAAAUACAUAAAAUCUCGCAAAUUGACACUCUGAAAAAAUGAAAAUUUUCAAUUCCCCAAAAAUGAAAGAAAAUAAUGUUACUUUUCAGUUGAACAACACAAAAAUUACGAACAAACGUAACAAUUCGAAAUUAAAAAGUAUCACCUUUAUUAGAAGUUAAUUUUUGCUGGAUUUGUACAAAAUAAUUUAUAAUAACUCAAUCAAUCCACGAUACACACAGCAUUCGAUAUUAUAAAAUACGAAUAUCAAGAAAAUAAACAUAACAUCAAUCACUA